CGUUGUAUUGUUUACCUUUCCCAAUUUCUUAAAUUUUCGAAAUUGUGAUUAAAAAUGCCGGCCACAAUACACAACGAUGUUUUAAUAUAUAAAGGCAGUAAUUUAUUUCGUCAAAGGCUAUUGCUUUCUACGUUAAGCGGCCGUGCAAUAAAAAUAGAAGAAAUCCGAAGUUCCCAUGAUGAUCCUGGUUUGAAAGAGUAUGAAGUGAAUUUAAUACGGUUAUUAGAUAAAAUUACGAAUGGUUCAAGAGUGGAGCUAAGUGAAACUGGUACCUCGAUGUAUUAUCAGCCGGGAAUAUUGAUUGGCGGGCAAGUUUCACACAGUUGUUGCACUCAGAGAGGAAUAGGUUACUAUUUAGAAGUAUUGCUAGCACUAGGACCUUUCUGCAAAGAACCUCUCAACGCAGUACUGCAAGGUGUCACACAUCAUGACCUGGAUGUAUCCGUGGAUAAGGUGAAGACAGCUGCAUUGCCCAUCCUGCUGAAGUUCAUACUUGUUGAUGACGGGCUAGACCUAAAAGUUGUUAGAAGAGGCGCCCCUCCUCAGGGCGGCGGUGAGAUAGUAUUCAAAUGUCCUGUGCGGCGACACCUGCGUCCACUGCAGUGGGCAACAUGGGGAUUGGUGAAGAGAAUCCGCGGCGUUGUGUAUGCUCUUCGUGUGUCCCCUACUAUGGCGAAUAGGGUCGUGGAAGCGGCUAAAGGAGUUAUGCUGAAAUUCUUGCCGGAUGUGUACAUUAACACGGACCAGUGUCGAGGGCCCAACGCUGGCAAGAGCCCGGGUUUCGGCAUUAGUUUAAUUGCUGAGACCAACGAGAAGACAUUCUAUUGCGCGGAAGCGAAAUCAGCGGAAGCUGGCACGGGUGAGAUAUCGUUACCAGAAGAUUUAGGCCGCGAAUGUGCCAUGAAGUUGUUGGACGAAAUACACCGAGCCGGCACAGUGGAUUCUGCGUUCCAGUGGAUUCUCGCGCUCUGGAUGGCCUUGGGACAGAAGGACGUCAGCGAGUGUGUUGUGGGCCCCCUGUCAGACUACACGAUAAAAUUCCUUCAACAUCUCAAAGAGUUUUUUGGAGUCAUGUUCAAAUUGGAAGUCUUGAGGACAGAAGACGAUGACGACAGUUCUGACGACGAAGAAAAAGUAAUAACUGCACAGAAAAUAAAAAUGACUUGCGUCGGCAUAGGUUAUGUUAAUAUUAGUAAAAGGACGCAUUAGUUAAAUUAAAUUUAUGUGUAUUACUAUUAUUAAAGAUACAAUUACAUAUUGUUUCUUUAAAAUAUAAAUAUAACCUAAAAUAAACUAUUUAAAACUAAAUAAAAUCUAAAACGUCCUCGAA